AUGAGACCAGGCAGAAGCUAUGAGACCAAGGUCCAAGGGUUGGAUAAGCAGGUGGACUUCUCAGAUCUGAGCCCGGUUGGGUCAGUGAUGAAGACUCUCCCAUACGGCAUGGCUAGAGGUGCAGUCGGUAAUGCACCCAGUGGUGUGGUCAAGCCUCCGUACCAAACCAGGAUCUUCUCCACCUCCAUUGAUCAGACGCCCAUGAAGUCCAAGCUGCCCACAUACAGUUUCUUCAACCCAUAUGACUGGGCCCGCAACCAGUCCCUGCUUCUGGACCAGACAGGCUACCGCUCCAAGCGCAAGCCCUCGCUAAAGACAGCCCUGAAGACCAAGAAGAUCUUUGGUUGGGGAGAUUUCUACUUCAAUGUGAAGACCAUGAAGUUCAGUCUGCUGGUGACAGGGAAGAUUGUGGACCACAUCAACGGGACGUUCACUGUGUACUUCCGGCACAACUCCUCCAGCUUGGGGAAUGUGUCUGUCAGCAUCGUACCACCAACCAAGGUGGUGGAGUUCGAGGUCCUCCAGCAGCAGCUACAGUCUCACACCCACCCGGAAGUCCAGAUCCAACAGACCCAGCAGUCCACCACGGACCCCAAAGAGGUAAAGACCUUCAACUGCCGGGUGGAGUACGAGAUAACCAACAGGUCAAAGAAGCCCAAGCCCUGCCUGUACGAUCCGUCGCAGACCUGCUUUACAGAGCACACCCAGUCCCAUGCCGCCUGGCUCUGUGCUAAACCUUUCAAGGUUAUCUGCAUCUUCAUUUCUUUCUUUAGUAUUGAUUACAAGUUGGUUCAGAAAGUGUGUCCAGACUACAACUUCCAAAAUGACCACCCAUACUUUGGAUAA